AUGUCCUCGAGCGAUGAUCGGGUAUCUCAGUCGUCUUCUGUUCCUUUAUCAAAUUCGCUCGAUCGGCGGCCGUCAGGUCAUGACGGAGAACAACCCAGACCUGCAAAGAAACGUAAACAGAGACAACAGUUCAGUUGUGCUGAAUGUCGGAGGCUCAAGUUAAAAUGUGAUCGUCAAAUUCCAUGUGCAAACUGCGUAAGAAGGGCCUGUGGACAUCUAUGUCCUGAGAGGGAGAGACCUCAAGCUAACAUAGGCUCGAAUGGUCUUUUGACUCGAUUGGAAACCCUUGAAGGUGUGUUACAGCAACACGGAAUACCUCUACCUGCAGAACCCGGCGCUGUUCAACCACCUCAACAAUCGGCCACCCAGCCACCACCAUCAAUGACUCAUUCAGAUACGAGCAAACAUCACACAUCUCCUCCACAACGUCGACCUUCACCAGUACCACAGACAGUUGUGCCAACAUUCAGUAUGGACGAAUUCACUGCAACGACCAUGUCCCAUUCCCCCCUGGCCAGAGCCGGAAGCGCAUUAUCGGAGUUAGCAGAUGCGGCAACUUCAACUCAGCAAGCUGCCGAUGCCGUUCCAGAUCAGCAAAUAGAGUCUGAUGUCGGUCCUCCCAUGCCUCAACCCGAAUUACAUCAUGUUCGAUUCGAUUUUGGUACUCCAACAGCAGAAACUCUCAAUAUGUAUAGGCAUGCCCAAGGUCCGUUUCAACAGGAUUCGCCUGAGAAUCAAAGUCAUGGAACAUUGGUGAUCAGUCAGGGUGGCAGAUCAAAAUACUUGGGUCCGACAGCUGCAAGUGAAUGGCUCAAAGACCAAGAAAUACAUGAGCCAAUGGAAUCACCCUGCAUCUCCAGGAUGCCUUCUCCGGAGAGGCAGGGGAAUAGUUUCGUGACUCCAUCAUUCACUGCUCUUUCAACAGUACCAUUCCCGUUCCGUAACCAACAGAUGUCCACAGCAGAGUUGUUGGCAGCGUUACCGCCGACUGAUGAGGGCACGGUCUUGGUGGACUGCUAUUACAGAUAUUUUGCUUGGCACUUUGAUAUCGUUCCACGGGCAUAUUUUCAACCGAUGUUCAAUCGGAUGUAUCUUGCAGUAGUAAACACGGGCAGGGGUCAGCAGCCGAAGGUUGCUCCUCAGGAGCUCGGACUCGUUUACAUUGUGUUUGCCAUGGGAGCACUGCACAGUCUGGAACUUCGUCCUAAUGAUCCUUUAGCGGAAAAUUAUUGCAAUCUGGCUAAGAUAUGUUUGGCAAAGGCGGAUUUCUUGGUAAAUACUACUUUAGCUGGAGUGCAAGCUCUGCAUAUUAUGGCACACUACAUGCUUGAGACCGAGAGAGGUAGAAAUGGAGACUCGGCAUGGCCACUAUGGGGAAUGGCUAUGAGACUAUUGCAAGCUAUGGGUGUACAUCGAGAUGGAGCUCGAUGGAAUCUUCCACAUGAAGUUGUUGAGGAACGAAGGCGUGUUUUCUGGGAAUCCUAUUCAGUCGACGUAUUUCAGGCCAACUGCUUCUCUCGGCCGUGUUCGCUCUCCCUGGAUUACGUCGAUACUGCGUUUCCCAGCCAUCCCGGGUUAUCCCUUGAGAAAGAUUUCUUCACGCUGAAGUUCGAAUUGUCCCGCAUAUCGGCAGCUAUUCUAGAUCGAGCGAUGAAAGUAAACGAGACCCCUUACAGCAAAGUGAACGAGCUCCAUCAGCGACUUUGCGAUUUUGAGAGACUGAUUCCUUUCCGGUUGAGGUGCCGAGCGGCUUUACUUGCCUUGCCAUCCGUGUAUUCGAACACUGAAGCCGCUGUGCGCGAUAGUCCACCAAUCACGCAAAGCAAUCUGAUUCUCUCCCUUCAGCAAUGCACCCUAGCCAUCAACAUAUCAGAAGCGGUCUUGUUCCUACAUCGUCCAUUCUACGCGCGAGCCAUGUACGAAUCCGAGGAUCCCACCAGGUCAAGUUUUGGAUUAUCGUUCCUGGCGGUGGUUGAAAGAUGCCAUGUGAUCAUCAGCGUGGUUGCUGGUAUUUACGCUUUGCAUCCGAACGUGUGUGCUCGGCAUUGGUUCUUUUGGUAUCACGUCUUCAACUCCGCAGUCUGCCUUGGCACGCUCAUUUUUCGGAAUCCCAAUAAUCCAUUAGUUGGCUUCGCUCUUUCUCAGGUAGAUUCCACCAUAGGCCUGUACACUGCAGUAGUGCAAGUCAGCCACUCCAAGCGCAUCUUGCAUAAUCUACGUUGGUUGUUACGUCUUCGCGCUCAAGCCAUACGCAAGGUUCAGAAAUCGAGUGGGGAGAUGGGUGGGACACAACCCGGGGCAGAUUUGGGUGAGGAGAGUGAUGAUGAAAACGUGGAAUUGAUAGGAUUGAAGACCCGAUUGAUUGAAAGAGCAUCUCGAGGCACUCAAACGGCAAAGACGAUCUUACAAGUCACGCCAGCUGCUUCAGGUAUCACAGAAUCGCCAUCAAACAUUAUCAAUGAUACUAUAUCGUUGGCCUUACAAGAUAUACUGUACAGCUCUGAAACAUCCGGGCAAAACGCGCCUACCGUCUCUAAAGAAAUCACAUCGAACAAUGACGUCAACGAUUCAUCAACCAAUGAUCUCCUUCAUGAAUUUUGGGAUCCAAUGAUGUUGCAAGAUUUUUCGGAGAAAGACGGGCCUGCAUUCACGGAUAGUAAUUGGUGGAAUUGGGAUUCAAGUGUAAUAGAUAGUGGUACUACUGAAAAUUCUUGA